CGAAAGGAUGGGACAUAAUUUAUCCGGGACGAUUCGAUCAUUUCUUCUUAUUUUGGCGCUGUCUACGUGCUAUCUCACGGCUGCUCCACCUGAUCUGCAAACAAGAGUUGAACAACUUGAGAAAAACUAUAAACUUGCCAUUGAAGUACAACGGGACCGUCUAUGCUUGGUGGAUCGACAAAGACGGGAAAAGGAACGAGUUUCCCAGUUUGGAGAAUUGCGACAACCUCGAUGACACUGUAAAGUUUGAAUUAAAUUUCAUAGACGAUGAAGAUAUGUUGCCUGUCACGCGCCUCCAUUUUAGCAAUCCCUUUAAGGGCUCCGGCAAACACGAAGUGAGCCGGUUAAAAUGUUUUGGUAAGGCAAAAACGCAGCCAAUGCCGAGAUCGUGCGACGAUUUGCAACGGAUGGGACACACUCUCAACGGUAUCUACUCAGUCAGGAGAGCUAAACGAAUAGAAACUGUUUUCUGCCAAUUUGAUAAACGACCUGAUGAACGACAAUUCCAGGAGAGGAUCGGAUAUCAAAACAUAAAAACAAAGCCAAUAUACUUCAACGUACAGAAAGACAAGAAUUUUUCGAAAAGAGACGUUCCGCUUCCGUUUGAGAUUACCAUCGUCAACAUUGGAGGGGCCAUGGAUUUACCAAGCGGCGUAUUCACAGCACCCGUCAACGGAACUUACUACUUUUCCUUUGCUGGACUCGCGCAAUUUCCGAUGCUUACAGGUCCAGAUCCAGUCUCAGUGCAAAGGGAACUAGGCGCCAAUCUUUAUAAAAAUGGUAACAGAAUAGCAAUCAGUCAGGUUAAUAUAGGCUACCUCGUAUAUCCGGAUAAUCGAAGUCCAAUCACCCUUCAAAGUACUGUAUCUUUGCGAGCUGGAGACAAAGUAUGGAUCCAGUUAAGUAUUGGGAUCAGUGGGGGGUUUCUAUACGACGAGAGGCAUGCGGAAGGGCACCCGGGUUCACACACGCAUUUUAACGGGUGGCUUUUGGAAGAAGAAAUCUAAGUAAUGCAGAGGUUUUCCACACCCCUGCCAGCAAAUACUACGACCACAAACAUAAAACAUCCUUCAAUCCCAUUAUCAAUGUACGUUCAUGUCUCUGUAGGGACAUUAUAGUCUUGCAAACAGCAAUUUCCUGGCUGUUUUACCAACUGCACAUGUGUGAAUCUCAUUCUAUAUGAUUGCUGAACAUGUUUUUGCCAUCGCUGCUUAUUUUCAGGAUUGAUUUGCGUGAUGGAAACUGAGUAUGAUGAAAUAAUGUUUUAUUUUUAUUUUUACUUUAUAUUUCCUAGU